CGCAGUGUUAUUGAUGCCUUGCCUGGUGUGAUAAAUUCGGAUUGCUCUCUGCUGAAAAACCUUCCCCGUCACUUCACGAGCUCGAGCUGCGCGUGCCUCCCCACCUCGGCAUUCUCGCGUGCACGCAGACGAAAGCGCGUUCGACCACUUCAGUUCAUCGCAUCUGACGGACCGCUGAAUUUCUCCAUUCAUGCGUGAUGCUCCACGUGCAGUCGGGCAGUAGUCAGUCAUCCUCUAGAACUGAAGCAUCUGCAGGACCGCUAAUCUAUUGUCGAUGAGGAUCCGUUCAGUUGUAUUUUUACUUAACCGAGAUAUCGCGCAGGGCUCGUCGCUACCGGCUGUCAGGCGGGCGGAUACGAAGUUCCGCGCCUCGUCCACGGAUUUCCCCGAGGGUGAUGAGUCUCUUCAAUCCGUUCUCCGGUUCUGGUGCGAGAGGGGGCCCUGUCCAUUGAAAUUAACAUGAGCUUCUGUCAAGGCCCGAAGGCGAGCGUGAGCGGGACCUCCGGACGGAGAAUUCGCCCGUGACGGCCCGGAGGAUGAACCGCGCAGGUGCGGCGAACGGUCACUCGUUUCGGGAGCUGCUCAGCGUCAACCCAGAAAAGCGCCCGGCCCUGCGCUCCACGGACAUUUGAGCGAAGACCCCCGCGGGAGCCCGUCCGCCAUGAGGCUGCUCUGGAAGUACCUGGACAAGGUGAGGUGGCUCCGCAAGCGCUCGGCCAUCCCCCUGCUGGGCGUGCUCGCCACCGGCCUCCUCUUCCUCAACCUCUUCAUCGAGGACGGCUACGUCCUGGAGGAGGAAAGAAGGCAGCUGAGGGAGACGUCCAUCCACCAGCUGAACUCCGAGCGCUACGUUCACACCUUCAGGGACAUCUCCAACUUCUCCGGGACGAUAAACGUCACGUACCGCUACCUCGCGGGCUCGCCUUUGCCGCGUAAAAAGUAUCUCACCAUCGGGCUGUCGUCCGUCAAGAGGAAAAGGGGGAACUACCUCAUGGAGACGAUAAAGUCCAUCUUCGACCAGUCGAGCUACGAGGAGCUGAAGGAGAUGGUGGUGGUGGUGCACCUGGCCGACUUCGACCUGGCCUGGUGCGAGGGCCUGGUGCGGGACAUCUCCCGGAGGUUCGCCCACCACGUCAUCGCCGGGCGCCUGCUGGUCAUACACGCGCCCGAGGAGUCCUACCCCUCGCUGGACGGGCUGAAGAGGAACUACGGCGACCCCGAGGACCGGGUCCGCUUCCGGUCCAAGCAGAACGUGGACUACGCCUUCCUGCUCAACUUCUGCACCAACCUCUCGCACUUCUACGUGAUGCUGGAGGACGACGUCCGCUGCGCCAAGAACUUCCUGACGGCCAUGAGGAAGGUGGUGGCCUCCCGGGAGGGCUCCUCCUGGGUGACGCUGGAGUUCUCCAAGCUGGGCUACAUCGGGAAGCUCUACCACUCCAAGGACCUGCCCCGGCUGGCCCACUUCCUGCUCAUGUUCUACCAGGAGAUGCCCUGCGACUGGCUGCUCAUCCACUUCCGGGGCCUCCUGGCGCAGAAGGACGCCAUCCGCUUCAAGCCGUCGCUCUUCCAGCACACCGGCUACUACUCGUCCUACCGGGGCUCGGAGAACAAGCUGAAGGACGACGACUUCGAGGAGGACUCCCUCGACAUCCCCGACAACCCGCCCGCCAGCCUGCAGACCAACAUGGACGUCUUCGAGAAGUACGACGCCGCCAAGGCCUACAGCAACGUGGACGAGUACUUCUGGGGCAAGGCGCCCUCCACGGGGGACUUCUUCCUCGUCGUCUUCGACAAGCCGGCCAAGGUGGGCAGGAUCAGGGUGGUGACGGGCUCCGACGACCGGCAGAGCGACGUCCUGCGGCACGGCGCCCUGGAGGUCGGGGAGAAGGCGGCGGGCGCCAGGCGCGGCGGGCAGUGCCCGUCGUACAUCACCCUGGGGGAGUUCCGGAGCGGGAACGUGGAGGUCGGCGACGUGGACCGCAAGAUCGCGUUCGACGUCUCGUGCGUCCGCAUCGUGGUCACGGCCGGCCAGAAGGAGUGGCUGAUCAUCAGGAGCGUGAGCGUUUGGACUACGCAGCCGGCGAGCCAAUAGCGGCGCCGCAGCCCCCCCCCCGGCCGUCGUGACAGCACUUUCACUCCUCUCUAAAUAUUUAUGUAUUUAUGUAUUUAUUUAUUUAUAAAGAGGUCUAAUGACGCUUGAAUUCAGGCGGGUCAGCUUUUAAUCGAUGGUGCGCUGACCCGAAAGAAAACGUGCUUUUGAUUAAACUGAAAAACACUGUAAUGGUUUUGUUACGCUACUUUGCUUCCCUUUCUCCGUCAGGGACAAAAAAAAAAAAAAUCCUCAAAAACAAAAAAAGGAUUUCUGCUCCAGCGGUCCGGCGUGGGAAGAGUCCUCGAGAAUUCUGCCGCUCCUCGCGGUCCGAGCCCCGCCCAGGACCCGGCGCGCCUGCGCCUCCUCGUGCGUGCUCUCAGCGGCAGCGCACGUGCCUCCCUGGCGCCGAGUCGACCGAACGGGACGACCGCCCCCCGCACGACCGGCGCAAACGGACCGCGAAACGUCACGACCGCUUCUCAGCCCCCCUUUAUUCGCUCGACCGGCAUUUCUUAGGCACUAACGGUGUCGUCUAGACGGGCUGCCUGAGCGGCCAGCUAAUGGCAGCGUUCGCCCUGAAAUUCACUCUAACCCAACCGCGGCCGUCCCUUUUCUUCUUUCUUCCUUAACACAGAUCGGCCAGUCCUCCUGUCGCUAAACGAACGAAACCGACGGCUUUCGGACUGGAAAAAAAGUUGAACUCGUAUUUUGUUUGCGAGUCAAAGUUCAGGGCGAGGCAGCACUGUUCUAAAAAGCAUCAGCGCUUACAUUUAUUCACGCCCUAGCAGCCCUGAAAACAAAAUAGCAUUCCAGUAACUCACCAAGUUGUGGUAUAUUCAGUUAACUACCAAGUUUCUUAAAAAAAUAAAGGUUUAGUAGGGCCUAGUCUUUUUGGCAGCCAGCCUGGAUGCUUAAAAAAAUGGUGCAGUGUGAGUUGCACUUAGUCUUGGUGUAGGCUGCAAGUUGCUCCUGUAGGAAGCCCCAAGGGCCCCUUUCUGGGUCCGGUAUUCCGGAACAUAUGCAUAAAACUCGGGAGUUUGCGCUCAUUUCCACAGUGAACCGUCAAUUUAAUUUACUCAAAAACCUUAACAGAUACUGCCGGCCGACGAGAGCGGAAGUUUAGCCUGACAAACCCGGCUCCUUUCAAGCAGUUCAUGCUGGGUCAGAUAUUCACCGUGUUCCCGGGAAAUAAAAGUGUUCGUUACAAUAAGACGCUCCCGCGGUGAGUUUAACGUGGGUUUUCGGUAGAGCCCGGGGCAGUUAAACCCAAACUGACAGGCCCCGGCUAUAUUUAUACCGCGCGCUAUUUUGCAUCGCCUGCCACCUUCCGAGGUGAUUCUGGCUCCGCGGCUACAUUUCUGGGGAAACGUCCAAAAUGGAGGCAAUCUCGCUCGGAGCAGGCCCUCGGUGUUUAUUUCAGACUUUAUCUGCCACUUACACGGUGUUUGCGUUCCAUUUUGUUCGAGGAAGACAGCAAGGAACUUCAUUUUUUUACACCGGCAGCUGGUUAGACGGCUAAACGGCUGGCUGUACAACAUCAGGAGAUCUUUUUUUUUUUGGGUUUGUUUGUUUGUUUGUUUUUCGUCUGUUAUAACGAUUUCAAUGUUUUUUUCCUCCACGGUAAAUGAUUAUUGAUUUCACAGGGGUUUUAAUUUUAAUCUCUACUGUCAUUAAAAUCAUUGAGUCCAUUCAUGCUUCAGUAUUUGGGGUGGGGGGGUUAUUUCUGUUCAAACCGCUUUGUGUUUAUCAGUGUUUGUUCUGUCUGCCUGCCCGCUGCUGAUCUGUGGCUGGAGUUCUCAGUGACAAACGAUGUGGAGCUAAAGGUUUUCACCCCGGUGCGAUUUUGCCGGUACAAAUUGGGUAACUGUGAGGCCCCCCUGUGUGUGGUGUGGGAGAGGAAAGGGCGCCCGGGAGGUGCGGUCUUAAAUCACUCAAUAAUGCGAUUCCGUCCUCGUCGUCCCGCCCACACGUACCCCCCCACCCACGUUUUACUGAACUGAGCGAGCGACCGCGUUUCUGAGGACUGGCUCACCGCUCCACCCUGUGUGUGUGUGUGUGAGAGAGAGAGAGAGUGUGUGUGAAAGAGUGUGGGUCUGUGUCAGUGUGUGUGUGUGUGAGUGAGAGAUAGAGAGGGAGUGUAUGUGAGAGAGAAAGUGUGAGAGAGUGUGUUUGUGUGUGUGUGUGUGUGAGUGGAUGUGUGUCCGUGUGUGAGUGUGUGCGUGUGUGUACACACAAGUGAAUUUGUGUGUGCUGCAUUAAACAUUCUCCUUUCACUGCUGUCCUCACUGCAUGUUUGAAAUCUGUUUCCCACAAACGCUACACCAUCGUCGUUUCUGUACUGCACUGAAAAUACCGAAUCAGCGCUCAUUGUGUGAUCAUACUGAGAUGUUGAGGGGGGAAAAAAAGCUUGUUUUCUUACAGUAAACCAUUACCGCAAGCUGCUCUUCGAGUAACAGCGCCAACGUGUUGCUUAUCCUUUCAAAAAUAGCUCCGCAGAACAAAGGAGCAAAUGGAACAAGAACACUGACAGACUGUGAUGUGCGCUGUAGCCAGCUUCUGACUCAGAGGUGGGCUUUGCUGCUUCAGAGAGUGUCACAGGGCCUUGCGUGGGCCCAGGCUGUGCAGCGCUAACCUGUGGAGGAGAGUCCGAGCGCGCUAAGCCAAGCUGCGCAGGCCGACCCCGGGU